GUAACCAAACAGUUCGGGCAACGGUACGGAAAAUUGUGCUAGCUUAACCGUUGGCAUCUGGAUACUAUUGGCAGUUAAUUGUAGUGUAUUUUACUAGUCGGUUGUUUGCUUUUGUGUUACAAAUACAAAAGAAAAAACAAAACAAAUAUUAGAAAUAGAGUGAGUAAAUUAGCUGAGCGGUGCGAUGCGAUCGCAUUUUACACUAAAUACUUACGGCAUUGAGAGCGCGAUCGCGAUGCGACCGUACCCCAAACAGUGAAUUGUUCAAAUUUGCAGAUACAAUAAAAAACAAACAAGUAACCAAAAAAAUAAACAAAAAAUAGAUAUUUUAGUUGAGCAAUAAACAACAAAAACAAAUUGUGUUUUAAAACGACAAACGUAAACUAAACUGGAUUGCAACACAAAAAAUAAUCACACUAGUGCGUUAAAGUACAAAAAGAUGGAAGUUGUUUGAAAUUAGAAAAAAAAAAGUAUUUUGUCUAUGGGUGGGUGUGCAUGCCAGCGCAAAUUUCACUUAAGUUGCGCUUUCAAGUAUAUACAAACAUACAUACUCGUGAAAUUGGCAAUUUCAACAGUGUGCCGCGACUGACCCUUUACGUAAUUGCUGAUGUUGUGUGAAGAAAAGUUUUGUUUUGGAGACUUUAGUGAGUCCGUAAAAGCGAGUGCAAGUUAAAAUCAGGUAAAGAAACAAGUAAAUAAAAUACACUGAAAAACUGUUACCAGCUAAAAGUUUGAAUGCCUGCAAAACUGAGGUAAGCACUGACACGAGCAACAAUAAAUAAGAGAUAAAUCAAUGCGAUGUUAAAAUUUCAUUACCAUAGUAAAAGGAAAUUUAAAGUGUCCAUACAAAAGAAAUAUUUAUCCAAAAUGGGCGGUUCCCCUGCUUUGUGGUGUCUGCUGCUAGCGCUGUGUGCCGCAACACAGUUCAAUGCCGCGCAAGCUCAAUCGAAUUAUGUGCAGCAAGGCGAUAGCGGGAACUACACAACAAAUGGCUUGCCCGAGGAGGCGACACUGGAUGGAAAGGUCACGAAAUUAGAUGAUAUUAGCCCACUCAUAUUUUUAAAUCGCACAAAAGCAGCGCUCAAUUGCGCAGCUGGCUCCAUGCAAGUCGACAUGAAAUUCAAUGAACCUUUUCACGGCAUUAUUCAAGCCGAUUACGAUCGCAGCAGCGCUUGUCGUGUCAAUGGCAAGGGCGCGCUCAGUUAUAGAUUGGAGCUACCACUCAAAGGAUGUGGCACUAUACAGAAUCCUACACGCGUUUUUACGAACAAUAUAAUCGUGCGCUUCCAUGCCAAUCUGGAAAUGGAUGGCGAUGAGAUAAUUACCAUUGUCUGUCGCUAUCCACCACCUAUACCAUCACUGCCACCAGCGUUGCCAGCGCCUAUCUUGAAUCCCAUCGCAACGGGUUCCGUGAUACAGCCACCCCUCAAGGGCAUACAGCUACUUCUAAUCAUUUGCGCCAUCAUGUUCUUGACACUGCUAUUACUUGGUUUGGCUGUCUCAUACUAUUGUCUGCGCAGUCGCCCAAUACCGGUAGUCCGCCGUCUUCCAAUGUCCAUGGGAAGUGGUUCGGAAAUCACCAAGCUUAGUGGCAGUAGCAUGGGUAAUAUUAGUGCCUUUGAAGGCGUUAAAAUCCCACGCGCUAUUGUACCUUUGGCGGCUGUGCAUAGCUCAUCGGGUAGCGAGGGUGCGCUCAUACCUUCUGACUACCCCAGCGAAUCACAUUCCGAAAUCGAAGAAAUCGAUACGAGAUCACUGCCCUUCAGCUCAGCAGGUAGCUUUGAAAAUCGUGCAUUUGUUCAAGAGACUUCAAGCAUUUAUAGCGAUCAUUAUGGACAUACUCAGGAAGUGCCGGCUGCCAAUGCGGUGGCCACUUCGGUGCCUCGUCAUCCUAUUGCCGUCAAGGAAUCAUCGUCGCCCAAGUUCGACGUGCAAGUGCGCGUUAAGAAGUCUCCGCCACCACCACCUUCGCCUGUUACCUCGGACACUGAGAGUAUUGCCACACUGCGCCCAGAUCGCAAUAAUCUUUCGACUAUUAUGGAGACUCAUGAAGACCGUGAAAGUAUUAUGACAAUGGACUCACUGCCACCUCAAGAGGAGACUGUACAUACUCAAUUCACAUAUGUUCCUGAAUUGCAUCCGGCACCCAAGCACACUGUGGAAGUGACUCCACCGCCACCACCAGAGCCUGUGUUCUCUGUAUAUGCACGCACACACCAUGAGAUGGUCGACGGACGGCCCGAAACUUGGUCAGACUUUACUGAUGCACCCACUGUUAGUGAGGUCACGGAUAUGACUUCUGAGGCACCCGAUAUGCACUCAGUUGGCGAGAUGGUUGACAGCACACAUUUCUUCGAGGCAGAGUACCUUCCACCUGAACCACCAAUUGUGGUGAAGAAACCACAGGUCACAUCGCAUACUGUAGAUGAUGUAUAUUUGUGCACCAUUACCGAAAAGAAGACAAUUGAAGAUAUUGAGAGUCAUAAGCGUCGUGUUACCGAAUAUAAAGCGAAACCAAAACCAUUGCCACCACCAAUACCGGACCCUACUUGGGAUGUUAAGAUACGAAAUUAUCCAACUGAGCGUGAACAGCAACGAUGGGAGAAUUUCUCCGAUAUUUCCAGUGCAUCCGGUAUGACACUUACGCCCAAGAUGGAGCGCUCUGAGCUAAGCUUGCCAAUUGUGCCUAAAGAGCCGCCACAACAAAUCUAUGAUAACAAAGAGAAGCUGACCAGUCCGCAGCUAGUGGGCAACAUGAAACCUAUUGAAAUGCCCCCAGAAGAUAAGGCAGUGCCAAAUUGGGAUGUGCUGAUACGUAUUUUGGAAGAACCGGAAUUUUCGGAAGCUGACGAUGCCAGCUCGGUGCACUCCAGCGUGCAUCCACUCACGCGCUACAUCAGCUAUGACGAUAAGGCCAAAUGGAAGGAAAUUAUCACUACAGAGUCAUCGUUGCGCACAAUGCUCACGGAGGCCGUGGUGCGGGAAGAUUUUGAACGCAUACGUCAAGAUACCCGCUAUGAGCGUAUCUUUGAGCCGCAGACAUGGGAUGUUAUCAUUCGUAUAUUGGCGCCACCUGCCGAUGAGGAUACGGAUGUGGAAAUGCGCGCACCUAAGCGUACGAAGAAAACACAACCGUGGGAUACUCGUUCGCGCCGUAGCUCCUUGCCAACUUUGUAUGAAUACGAUAGUGAUGGUGGUUCCUCUGUUCGCACCAUACGCCAAGACCCAAGCAUGCCAUUGCGUGACAAUAGUUUCAAUAUGCAACGUUCACGUCGCUCAUCGCGCACAUCUUAUCACACUGAUCAGAAUGAUUUCCGUUCUAUGUCGGAGGUUACAGUCGACUUUGGACGACCCGAUCACUUAGACAACGUGUCGGAUGCAAGCUCUUUCUAUCCAAUGCAAUACUAUGAUGACGAGGAUCGACGCUCCUUCCAUCGGUCGGUUAGUCAUCCGUCGUUAGCGCGUUCAGCAAGUGAGUUUACUGAGCAUUGGGCAGCACCAGAUGAACUUUCAUCGCCAGAAGCUACACCCAAAUCGCGUCGUUCGCAACGCUUGACAACAUUCCAGCCGCGUAUACCGGCUCCACCACCACCGCCGCGCUCUGGCCAGAUUGUGGCACAAACACAAAGCCAAUAUGUAGAGACACGUCGCAGCACAACAUUCCACACAGAGAACGAAGCAGCAGCGCGUUCACGUGACUGGUAAACGUGACAAUACAUUUAGCCACGCAGAUGCGUUAACGCGUAAGCGUGCCCAGGUCAGGCUGCAUGAGUUUACAGCCAAAGGGAGAGAAAGAGCAGCAGGGCGGAAAAAGAUUACUAACAAAUACUGCUUCCCGCUAAAGUCAUUGCCAACCCACAACAAUGUGUAAACAUAUACAUGUACAUAACUGUACAUAUAUGUGCGCCUUGUUAGUGUUAUACAACUACAAUAAAUAUACGUAUGUCUAAGUGGACUUUGUACAUACACACACACUACAUACAUACAUAAGCAAGUAUUGCGGCCCCCGGGGCUACAUAUUUACAUAUACAUAUGCAUACAUUUAUGUAUAUAUGUAUUUAUAUACUGUAAGUACAUACAAGUUUACAUAACACAAGUGCCAAUUUAAAUAAUCCUGCAUUCGCUGCGUACUUAAAUACAAACAUACCUAUUAACAAUAAUGACACAUAAGGGCGCAUACGUACUCGUAUACUCAUAAUAUUAACGAAAUUGUAUAAAAAAGUAGUUAUAAUGUGAAAAAAUUGAAUUUUCUCCAUAGAAUAUAAAAUUUAAUUGUUAAAAUAUUUUCCUUAGUUAAGUCAAAUAACACUAAAUAUAGUACUUAAGUAAAUUGUAUGCAUAACAACAACUAAAAAAAUCGCAACUAAAUGUGUAAGUCCAAUUUAGGAUAUGUACACAUAUACGUUUAUAUGUACAUAAAUUCUACGUGGCACGAAAAUCGCCAUGAAUUUGUGUACCUUCCACAAUUUUUGAGCACAUUUUACAAAGAUUCUAUGCAAAGCUACUUCUACACGCGUUAUUGACUCUAAUGGCUGACUCAUAACAAAUUACUUCUACAAUGACCGCACAUCGUCAACGACCCAUAAGAAUCCACUUAACAUAGAAUUGCCACACCAGUUGCGAGUCAACACGCCCCACAAAAGGGCCAUCAAAAUGCUAUGCUGUGUGCAAAUUAGCUACAUAUAAAACUUUUCACUUAACAUGUACAAUUACCAGUCGAGUCAAAUGCGACAAACCACAAACUGUAUGCAAAUAGGCGGGCACGACUCCACCCACAUACACACGACACGUUGACCCAGACGACGGGCACCAAAAAUUAGCUACCACGCAUGAAUUCAAAAACAAACAGGUUGGUGUGUGAGUGAAUCACCACACCCACUCGCACUGCUGAAUUUAACAGAAAGGUUAGAACGCUGGGCUAGUCAAAAUUGCUACUAUUUUAUAUAUGUACAGCUCACUAUAGCAACAACAAAUUAAAGAGCAUACGAGAAUCAUAAAGACCUUUUUCAAUUUCGGAGCCGCAGGCAAAUGAUUUCCACAUCACAAAAUAUUCAAAAAUAUGAAAGUCUAGAUAAGUAAACGACAAAAGUGUUUCGUAAUUAAAAAGGGUUAGGAAGAAGUGUAGGAUGGAAUGGGGGCUGACAGGUUUACCGGUAGCUGGUACCAAGUUGAUUUCGCCCACCAACGAGGGUAGGUCAACCGGUCGAAUGUAGAAGUAAGUACAGAAAUACAAACUAACAUUUAUUUCUAUAAAAUUAUGUGUGUAUGUCGAAUCACUACAGUAAAUUCACUGUGCCUCAUUCUGGGGAAUUCUUAUACGUGACUGGUACGCAUCACGCGUUUAUUUCAACCGAGCAGUAAAAUUUCAGUAAAUCUAGAAAUGUGCUAGAAUGUGUUAAUGGUCUACCUACAAGGCAACUUUGUUUUAUCAUUUGGGACUAACGCAAGGUAUCUCAGAUACAUACGUUUAACUGGUCCACAUACUUAUAGUAUAUCGAAAUAUGACUAAUUUCGAAUUAAUUGGUACAUCAGAAUGUGCCAGCUGGUAUUAAAAAAAAUUUAUUCCAUGCAUUAAAUUGAAUUUCGUUAUAGUAAAAAGCCGAAUGAUUAACCAUCACCCACCAAACGAGCAGUAGUGGCACAGUACUCAAGUACACAUCCUUUUUUAUUUGUUCUCAUCGAACUCUAAAACUGUUUAGUUACAAUCAUUACAUUGAAUCAAGCAAUGCCUUAGCGGAAGGGGCAUAGUUUCGUUUGCUUAAUUUUGAAAAGCUCGCCCCAUAUAUCAAACAUUUCAGCAGCUGAGAGUUAAUAUCUAGGCAUAAGGACUUAAGUAGUUAAUUUAAUUCAUAGUUUCGUUUACACGAUUUCAAAAAAGAUUUCUGAGUUGCACCGAUACUCAAAAAGGAGGAUAAAAGUUAACUUCAGUUCGGAAAGGAAUUAAAAGUAGGCUCUGUAGGCAGUUGAACCAUAAAAAACAUUCUAGACACAAAUCUUGCUAUGCCAAUAAAGAGGAGAUAGACAUAUGAUUUUUAAACGACGAUUGUAGCUAAGCGAAAAUUAUAUGCAUAGAUAAUCAUAACAAAAAUUCCUUAAGAAAUAAGACGUAGUCUUUUUUAUUUUAUAAAGCUAAUAGCACAUUCGGCCGCCGUACUCGAAUCUCAUGAAGAGCUCGCUAUUUCUAUUAGAUAUUUGAACUAAAUGUUCUUAAAAUCUGAUACUUGAAAUAUUAAGUUCGUUUUUAUUUAAAAUCGAAGAUGCGAUUUUCUGCAAUAAGAGUUGGAGAGGCACUCCAUUCAAUAUAUUUACUUGAGUUCAUAAAAUUAAAAAAAUCAGUUUUCGGUGAAGUUAUUUGGAGCCUUCUUUAUGGAAUUAGUGCCUUGCGGUAGCAUCAUAACUUUGAACUGUUUCAGAUAAAAUCAACCAAGUAAAGAAAAUUCUUCAGUUUAGUAGUAAAAAUAAUAAUAAAUCGAGUAAUAAAUCGCAGAUUCUUUUUUGAAAGAACAAAAAUUUGGUCUCUUUCACACUUACAACCGAUUUUUUUUGCAAAAAAAUAUAAUUUUUCAACAAAAACAAAAGUGCUUCCUUCGUCUUGGUUUUCGAGGCUCUGUGGGUUGCGUACUAGUUGCUUGGUAUCACGAAAAUUUUUUCUUUAAUUAAUUUGAAUAUUUCAUUCAAUUUUUUUCGGGCUAUAUUUUCGAAAUAUUAUGCGGCAAAUUAAUAAAAUUUUUGAAAUAAUACAUAAAACCAGUUUUCACGUAGAUUCUAGCCUAUCUAGCGUAUUUUAAUACGCAACUAUGUUCAAACUAAAUCUGGCUAAUAUAAUACGCAAUAUAAAAACAAGAAAUCGAAUAACAAAAACAACCGUUAGCUUCUCUUACAAACUGGUGGCAAUUGAGACACUUCCAGACUAGUUCACAUUUGCACGAUUGAACUGACUUCUGAAGUACGAAUUUGUUUUUCUAGUUAAUUUUGUGUUUUUUGCAAUGCUUCCCAUUUACAUAAAUAUAUAUGUACGUAUAUAGAAAUUUACAUAUCAUAUCUGUCGCACCCACUAGUAGGCAAUUCAGCUGAUAUGCUGCUCCCAGUUUAUUUUGUGACAAUUUAUAUUUUUUGGCCCAGCUACCAGCAGCUACAGAUAAAACACAUUUUGGGCUACCCAAACACAAACCGACAUCCUCAUAUGAGUUGAUAUUAAAUAUUUACCUCUAUAAAGUGGCGCCGGUUGAGCAAUACACUAACGUCUACUAAUACAUACAACCUAUGGGAAAAUGACUACCUGUGACUAAAUUUAUCCACCGGCAUGCACUUAGUCAGCUCAGUUUUAUGCAAUACGUCUAACUAAAUAAACUCCGAGUACUAUCGUUUUGUGGACAAAUGCUUACAACACUUCUAGCACUAUUGUACUCGUAUGUCGUAUUUGAGUAUAUAUGCAUAGGUAUAUCAUAAUAUAAUUUUAGUUACAUUUCAUAGGCAAUAUUGAUACAUUUUUUAUAUGUCGAUAUGUAUAUUUUAUUUACUUACAUAAGUUUUUCGUCGCCAUUCAGCUCAGCACAAGGCGAACAACAUUGGUUUUAUACUCGGUAUCGAAGGUUUCCGCAUUUGUCUGUUGAUAGGUGCCACCAGCAGUCAGGUACCUGAUAUUAAAUUGAACUACUCCAUCAAUCAACGCAAUAUUACUGAUAAAGGGAAAUAACUCUGUGAAUCUGUAUGCUAAAAUUUUGAAAAAAGAAAAAAAAGCGCUGACUGCUUUCGAGUGUACUCAAAAAAAUUUGUUCUACUGCUGGGAAUGCCUAGAUAGAAAAUUUAGCUGGAAAAUUUGCUUUAAAGCUACUGGACAUUUUCAUUGAUUUUCGGUUGAACGGUUUGUUAGUAGUAGUCUUACCGGAACGCCUAGCGCACUGAAAAGCUAAUUGGGUAUGCUUUUCUUCUGAACUCUACGCUGUUUUCCUUUCUCUUGUUAUCAAACCUAUCGAUGAUAGUUUUGUAUGUAUGUGUGACUCAUGAAUCGCUUCGAGAAUUUCAAUAAAUUUCGCAAUAAAAGCCAACAAACUCCGCUUUGCCGUUUUAUGCGCCUAAGUUGUACACUUGAACAGAUAGUGAGGAGUCUGAAGGCAGAAUAGCAAUUAAAAUUUUGAUUUAUUUACUCCAAUGUUUUUACUUUGAAUUAAUCAAGAUGGGCUUCUACUCCUAUUGACUGUACUUGUAAUUAUAAUUUUCUCUUGAUUACUCCUAGUAGGCCGCGUAUGGCUUUAAAAUUUUUCAGGAGAGGUCGCACUUUCCAUGUAUGUAUUCUUGGUUCAGAAUCGAAACAAGUGAAUUGUCUUUUGAUCUGCUAUCGCGCUUAAUAUCCACUUGAAUUCGCUAAAUAUUCUGGAAUUCGCUUUCCAGAGCAAUGCAACGGCAAUAGUGCUGAGGUAUUAAAAUGAAAUUCAUACUUGUGUACCUUUUCGUUAUAGCAUCUUAAGUAUUUUUACUAUAUAGAUCCUCCCAGCUCCCAGUACAAAGUUGGUAGACUCCAAAAAUGAGUUUUAAAUCUACUAAAAAAUAAAUUCGGCAACAUUUGGUGCUUAUUUUAUAUCAAAUAUUUUAAAUAGAAAUUCAAGAUAUGUAUUUGUUUUACUUUCUUGCUUGUUCUGAUAGGUUGAGUGCAAAAAUCUGAACUUAAAAAUUGCUACCUUCCCUUAUGGCUCUGCACUUCAAUAGUUCGGGGGUUAAAAGAAAAUGAAAAGAUAAGCAUUUUUGCAUUUGAAUAAUCGUUAAGAAACUGGGUGCUGUUGAAAGUUUAAGAAAAGAAUCCCUCCAGCUAAGAAAACACGUGCCUCUAUUAACUUGGAGUAGGGGAAAGUCUAUGAAAGUAGUAUAUCUCCCCAAGGCGAAUAAUUUGGGCUUAUUUUUUUAUUACCUGGAAUUUUUUUAAAUCGUCAAUGAGAGUUAUUUUCGAUAGAAACAUAAUGAUUUAUGCAAAAAAAGUGAACCCAAAAAUUAACACUUUCAUGAUUAUUAAACUAUAAUAUAAUAGAAAAAACAGAAUGUACUUUGUAGAAUAGAAUAAUUAGUAGGGAAGUCAAAUUAAGCCAUUCACGACCAAUAAAUUAACCCUUUCGCGGCCAGUAGAGGAUAUUUCUUAAACCUAAUUGAGAAAUUUGAAAUUAAAUUAUUCACAUUGGUUGCAUAAGUGGAUGUUUAGAGAUUUGCAAUUGUAAAUAAAAAGUAAAUGACCAUGAUGCUUUGUCCAAAGAAAGUUCGUGGUGCAGUAAAGCCUCCUGCAAUAGCCUCCUCCCUCCCUAGCUAACCACAGUUUUUUUUUGGGGAACGCUACUUUCAGCAUUACAGCAACGUAGACCCGCCUGUAGGGAAAACCGCCGCAGUUCCUCUUCCGCCUUGAUAUACAGGUAAUCACCACCUUACUGAGGUCAGGACGUUCUGCUGUGUUUGCAGAUAUUUCGAAACUAGUUUUCAGUUUAUUUGUAUUGAAUAAGUUUCUGGGUAAUUUGGAUUGAGUACCGUAGAAUACAGCAUUUAACAGGGACAGUGUUAACUUGUCACUACUUUAAGCCUUAUUUUAGCGGCAGCGGGUCUGAAAGAGAAAAACCUAAUUUCAUUGACUCAUACCAGUCAUUUUUUGUUUUUGUUUUUAUUCGAAACGGCAGCGUAAAAUGAAAAUUGCCAUGAAGUUGUUGACUACAGAUAUCAAACUGUUCGUUUGAUGCCAAAAUAAUGUUUUUUCCUGUUAUGCGUGCAGAAAUGGCAGUGGUUGUUUUAUGUUGUGGCAAAAGUUAUUAGCGUUUUUUUUUAUUACACUUUUUUAUUUUUACUUAAGGAGCAAGAAAGAAAAAAAAUUUCUCGAAUUUAAAAUUUUUUUUUUUAUUAUUGGCAUUUUUCGAACGAAUUAGCGUUGUUUUCCAAGGCCAGAAGAUUGCCCCAAUGAUAAGUUGGCGCACUUAGACAAGAACUCUCAGCCCAAUUUGUUUGAGUUAUGCGAUUUUUACAGCGAAUGAGAGAUAUUUUCAGCUUACAUGAAUAAUCCCCACGGUAUACAGCAUGCAAAGAUGUCGCGAAUAUCAAACUGCUAGUCGGAUCUCAGAGAAUUUGCUGGAAUCAAGUGAUUUGCUAUCGUAAUAAGUGGAAGUGGUUUUUUUUUUUACAAUAGAGGUGAGCAAAAACUGAGAUUGUGUUGGUCAUAUAAGAAAAAAUCAACGCAUCCGAUGCUUAUGUUACUGCUGCCUGAACAGCGACUGAUUGUAAGAACGUAAGAAGACGUGGGAAAUGAGCGUCCGCUAUGUGCAGUCAAUUCCGCUAUGGCGUAGCAGCCAAAGUUGCUCUCACAAUUUUGCUUCCGAUGACCAAACCUUGUAUUCUAAGAAAAGAAGAUAAGAGAGCUUACUCGUAUGAAAAUUGCAAAUUUUUUUCGUAUUUCAACACUUUCGAUCAUUUUAAUUUGCGUAAAUAUUUGACAGUUUUAAAUAUUAAUUUAUUACCUUUAAUUGCAAGCGAGUUUGACAUCUGGCUUGAAUUUUACUUUUGCAAAUUACAAACAAAUUUUUUUAGUCACUUACAUACUACUCAUCCUAUAAAACGUGCUCGGAAAUUGUACUUACACAUUUAUGUUUCGCUUUAAUAAAUAUUGAUUAUUUAAUUUCAAACUUUUUCAUUUAUUUCACGCAUUCCCUGUUCGGAAAAAUUUCACUAAAAGCACAACUCAACAUGAGUUGUUAGGUUUUGUUUUGUAGUUGCUUGUAUACUAUGUAGAUCUACACUUUGUUACACAAGUAUGCAUCUCAUGGAAAGUAAAGUGAAUGCUUCCCUUAUCUAUCAUUAGGCUAAGUAAAAUAUUGGUGUGAAAAAGCUGGAAAAGUUUGAAAACACUCAACUUAAUGAAUAUUUAAUUACUGUGGCGCAUCUUAAUGCUCAACAUAACAGUUAGCUUCUUAGGCGGUAUACUAUACAUACAUUUAUAUGUAUGUGGGUGGUGGGACUUUACUGCAAUUUGCUUAAUACAUAUAAAACCAAAUAUGCUAAAACUAUUAUACGGAUACACAUACUUACGUAUUUUCGAAAAUUAUCUCUGUAUGUAUAUUUAUUGCUAAAGCAAAACAGUUGUGCGUGCGUAGUGAUACAAAAAUAUGAAAUUUAAAAUUUUAUGUACAUUUACAAUUACAGUCAUUGACAGUGGCUCAUUUAGUGCUCGCAAUGCAAGUCAAAACGAACAAGCGCACAAUUAUACGCACAAACUAAACGAAUUAACUUUAACUAAAAACUUAUUACAAUUUACGAGCUUAACUAAUUAUAUUGCUUAAAUAAAAAAAAAACUAACAAAUUGCUUCCAUCAGCAAAAACGCGUGCAGUUUUAAUAAAAUAAGAAAUAUGUAUUAUUUUAUAUAUCAACUGAUUAAGUCACUAAUUUGCUCCCGUCAUACCUUCAAUUUGUGAUUUUACUUAAUUCUGACACACAAUUUACAAUAAUUGUGUUCUAUCGAAAUUAAUUCCGUGAAAUUAUAAAAUAGGGAAUAUAAACAUUUACAUAUUGCAAUGUGUGUAUGUAGUUAUAAAUAUGUGACCAACUUGUCUAUAGCUAAAUAUGUAACGGUUUGUAUGCUGCAUAUCGAUUAUUACUUACGUACUCAAAUAUUUAUAAUAAAAUCUGGUAAUUUUUUUGUAUGUAAUAGUAAAUCGGCGAAUGUAAUUGUAAUAAAUAUAUGUAACAGCUUCACAUUGGCUAAGGUAUAAAUUUUAUAUGUACAAUGUGUACAGAACAACAAGAAAAGAAAUUUAAAAUAAUUUUGCGAAAUAAAAAUACACAAUUAUUA